UGACAACGGUUCUCUUUCCUAAUUCCUUUGUUUGUUCCAUCAUUGUAUUGUACAGCACAGCCCCAACUUCUUCCUUGUGUUCUGUUCUGUUCUGUUCUCUCUUUCUCUUUCUCUUCUUUUUUUCCACGCGAUUCUUUCAAUUUUCAAUUUUGAUUCAAUCACAUUCUUCUUUUACAUUCUCGAUUCCUUCCUUCCUUACUUAAAAAUUCUUAUAUUAUGCAUCAUUUCUCACCAACCACCUAGGGUUUCUCUCCGACGUUAGGUUUUUUUUUCUCGCCGGGAUUUUGGGGGCAGACUUAAUCUCCGGCAGCUAUGGCCUCCAACUUGCAGAUGAGUCCUCAGGUGGAGCAGAUCCACGGUGAAAUCCGCGACAACUUUCGAGCCCUCGCAAAUGGCUUCCAGAAGCUGGAUAAGAUUAAAGAUGCCAAUAGACAAAGUAAUCAGCUGGAAGAACUCACGGACAAGAUGAGGGAGUGCAAAAGGUUGAUAAAGGAGUAUGAUCGUGAGAUUAAAGAUGAAGAGGGAAGAAAUCCCCCAGAAGUGAAUAAGCAGCUCAAUGAUGAAAAGCAAUCAAUGAUCAAGGAGCUAAACUCAUAUGUGGCAUUGAGAAAAACGUACAUGAAUACCAUUGGAAAUAAAAAACUUGAACUUUUUGACAAUGGAGCAGGAGCAAGUGUAUCUACAGCUGAAGAAAAUGUUCAACUGGCAUCAGAAAUGUCAAAUCAAGAACUUAUCAAUGCUGGGACGAAGACAAUGGAUGAAACUGAUCAGGCUAUUGAGAGAUCUAAGCAGGUUGUACAUCAAACAAUUGAAGUUGGCACCCAAACUGCUGCUACCUUGAAAGGCCAAACUGAACAAAUGGGUCGUAUUGUUAAUGAGCUUGAUUCAAUUCAGUUCUCAAUUAAGAAGGCCUCCCAACUUGUUAAGGAGAUUGGUAGACAGGUAGCUACUGACAAGUGCAUCAUGCUUUUUCUGUUCCUUAUUGUCUGUGGUGUAAUUGCCAUUAUUGUCGUGAAGAUUGUGCAUCCCAACAACAAAGAUAUUAGGGAUAUACCAGGAUUGGCACCUCCAGUUCCCACCAGGAGGCUUUUGUAUGCAAGGAGUGGAGAUCAUUUUGAUUAAUUCUUAUAUUUGAACAAGAGUGAACUUCAUCCUAGUCCUACCAACUUGAUUAUUGUUCUCAUUAAUGGGAAAGUUAGAGGAUUGCUGUCUGGAGGCAUUAUUUUGGUCUCAUCGGUUAAUGAAAUAUAUAUAUACACACACACUUGCAUACCCUGUUUGUGAUUUUAUGUAAAUCACACGAAAGCCUUCUGCUUUUUCUUGAGUGCCAUGUUUCUUUAUGUAACAUUCCAAAAGUGUAGGACUAGAGAGAAAGCAAUACUGUGAAAUUCGUUCUGUAUAUGUCUAAUUCAAAGGAGAUUUAUCCCUCCCCCCUCUUCAUUGUUAUUAAAUUUUUUUUAUUUAUUUCUGUACACAUUCCAAACUGUCUGCUGGAUUGGUUUUGUAAAAUUACAUUCAGAGUUGGCUUGCAGCUGUUCAUAUUUAGCUUCUUUACUUA